AUGGGUAAACUUAACGUUACCGUGUUACGGUAUCUAUCCAAAGAGGAUUUUCGUGUUUUAACAGCGAUUGAAAUGUUAUCCAAAAACCAUGAAUUAUGUCCUGGAUCGAUGGUUGCGGUUGUCGCUAACUUAAAAUCAGGAGGUGUACAUAAAUUAUUAAAGGAAUUAUGCAAACAGAAAUUGGUUUCUUAUGAAAGAGGCGCUAAAUAUGAUGGAUUCCGUUUAACAAACAUGGGAUAUGAUUAUUUAGCAUUAAAGACUCUGACUUUAAGAGGAUCAAUUGCUUCAUUCGGUACACAAAUUGGUGUUGGAAAGGAAUCAAAUAUUUAUACAGUUUCUGAUGAUGAAGGCAGUGAAUUGUGCUUAAAAUUGCAUCGUCUUGGUCGAGUUUGCUUUAGAAAUGUCAGAAAUAAGCGUGAUUAUCAUGGAAAACGAAAGAAGAUCUCGUGGCUGUAUCUUUCAAGAAUUUCAGCAACUAGAGAAUUUGCUUACAUGAAAGCUCUGUAUGAACGUGGAUUUCCAGUCCCUAAACCAGUUGAUUUUAACAGACAUUGCGUAAUUAUGGAACUUAUUAAUGGAUAUCCUUUAACACAAAUUCAUGAAGUUAUUGAUCUUGAACAAUUAUAUGAUGACCUUAUGAAUUUGAUUGUCAGACUAGGAAAUUGUGGAGUAAUUCAUGGCGAUUUCAAUGAAUUCAAUAUUAUGGUUACAGACGAUGCAAAACCAAUUCUUAUUGAUUUCCCACAAAUGGUCUCAACAUCACAUGAAAGUGCUAAAAUGUUUUUCGAUCGUGAUGUUAAAGGAGUCAGAGAUUUAUUCAAAAAGAAAUUUGGAUAUGAAAGUGAAGACUAUCCAAAAUUCGAGGAUCUUGAACGUGAUGAUAAUAUGGACAUAGAAGUUGCAUGCAGUGGAUUUACAAAAGAAAUGGAACAAGAUUUAAUGCAAGAAUAUCAUCAAGAGGUAUUAGGAGACAAUACAGACGAAUCUGAAGGUGAAUCGGACGAAGAAUUCAUUGAAAACGACGAAGCAUUAAACGAGCUAAAAAAGGAGGUCGAGCAAGAGAUUAAAUACUCAGAAGAGUCGGUUAAAAAGAUGUCGCAAAAUAAAAAUAGUGGUAUAAUGAAAUAUAUGGAAUCAAUGUCUAAAUGUGAAGAAUUCGACAAAGCUUUUGAUGAUGCAGAAGAGUUUAAAGAUGCUCUAUCCGAUUUAAAGAUAGCUGAACAGCCCACAACAGCAGAGUCUGUUACUAAAAACAUCCCAGAACAAGACACAAAAUCAGAAUCAGGCGAUUCAAUUAGUUCAAAUGAUCUUGAAGUUCCAGAACUUGAUGAUGAAUUAAAAGAUUUAGAUCCAAAUUCUCGUGCAUACAGAAUGAAAAUGGUCCGUAAAGUCCUGUCAGAUGCUCGAAGUCAAAGGAGUUAUUCGACAACAGCAUCAACAAUAGCACCGACAGUAAUCACUGAUAGAAUCAAAAAGGCAAUGACAGUACAAGAAAAGAGAGAGUCAAGGCGAAGAAUAGUUCCAAAAGGACAGGCUAGUGCUGUAAGACGAAUGAGAAUUGAGAACAGAGAUGUUGUUAAGGAUUUAUCUGGAUGGAUUUAA